AUGCAUAAGCUUGUUUCUUUUGCACUUUGUGCGCUGCCCUUGGUAAUAGGAGCGCCGCAGCAAAGCCCAAACUACCAUGGAGCUGCCCAGGUGCUCAAACCUCGAGCAGAUACCGCGAAACAGUGUUAUAUGCGAACAAUCACGUAUUUGACGACCUACGAACCAACUUACACCGCGACUGCUACGGAUGGUUCUGAUAACCAUGCAGCCACGACUGAAGAACCUCACGAAAUUGGUAACUCUAAUGGAUAUGGUACAUCACCUUUCCAGACUUGGGACUCAGACGGAUACCGUGGGAUCACUCAGACAGGAGCUGCUGACUAUCCUGCAAACCCUCCUUACAGCACUGGAGGUGACGAUGGUAAUGGUGUUGAUCCCACUAACGGAAACAGUGGUGGAGAGGUAGUGACCUCAAUGACCAGUGAGAGUUUGUCAUUCCUGACGGAAACCACGACAUUUACUAGCUCUGUUCCCGUCACUCUGACAACCACAUUCACUUUCACCACGGCUAUACCUACAACAAUCAUCAGUGAUAGGGUAUCAAAUGUGACUUCACUCUCUGUUUCUACCUUUACGAGCGUGUCGACAUUUACUACCGAUUCGUUGGUAACCCUAAGUGCGACUGUCACAUCGACUGCAACCACAGAAUCUGUCUUCACAACAACUGCCACGCCGCCCACUCAAUCUGUCUCUCUGACAAAUACGAUAUCGUCAUUGGCUACUUUGACUGUGACAUCUUCUGCGACAGGCGUGGCUCCGGUAGUCACUUCUAAUGUCCUUAGCAUUCAAGCAGCUGUCGCCAGUGUGGGUGCCGCUUCUGCAAGCUCGUCGUCAACCGUCGUUGCGAAGCGACAAGAUACCACGGGCCCAGGCGGUUAUGUUGGUUCACUCACUGAUCCGACCGCUAGCCUGAAUCCGGAUGUUUGUACUUUAGCAGUACGCGUGGAGUUCACAGGGGGCCAACUCAUCGCCGAAGGAGUCGUUCUCUCUGUAGAUCUGGACGUUCCAUUCAUAAGCCUGGCUAAUGCGAGAAAUGGUACCAUCUCCACAGCAUUUUCCAUUCAGAACAAUCUGCUGGUCUGGGCCAACCCGAAUUUCUUUGGUGGAUUCGCCAGAUUUUGUCAGGUUGGAAAUGAGAUCCCGAUUGCGUUGUUCACCGAUGCAGAUCCACCAGCAGACUGCACCCUGAUUGAGCUAGUUGUAUUCGCCUCUAGCGCAUGUGACAAUGGUGAACUUCCCGGCGGAACUUCGUCAGCGACAAUUAGCCUCAGCUCCGCCGGUUCCACAAUUCGGACUCCUUCUAGCGCUGGAACUUCGACAACUGUUCUACAAACCUCAAAUACAUCUUCUACGACAGGAAGCGCAACCAAUUCACAGAGUGGGAUAUCCAGUAGCAGCGGUACCAGAACAGGCACUGGUAAUAGCACAGAUACUAUUUCAGUGUCUACUAUUGGCUCUUCUUCCGCCGUAACGCCAAGUGUAACUUCCGCUACAUCUCAGAUUGCAGGGUCUUCCAGCAGCCCUGUCUUCGCAACUAACACCAGUAGUAGCUCGCAGGCUAUCACGAGUACUGCAGUCACGUCGUUCACAACCCGCAGGAUCAGUUCGAGCACCACAAGCAACGCCGCCACCGCAUCUGCAUCUGCGUCUGCAGUCCCAACAUUCCCAGUGUUCGCCACUGAUAGUGGCACUAUUGCUGAUGGUCUUUCAUUGCAGCCUCAAUCUAGCAAUACCAAUGGCGCGCCCGCUAUCUUCAGCCAAUCCCUCACUUCUUCACUCGAGUUUACUAUAAAUUUAACGACCGGAGUGCUUCUGGUGGUAUCGGAUAACAAUGGCAACCAGGAUGUCUGUUGUACAUAUGUCAGCGACGGUGUUACAUUGGAUCCAGCGCCUUGUUCUAUUUCGGCUUGCGAAUCAGGUGGUGACUCUAUUGCCCCACUGGAGUGUGGUUCUCCCUCUAGCGCCGCUGGAAAUAGGACUAACUUUGGCAACUAG